AUGCAUCCAAGUAUCGUUGCAUGCGACCCGGCCGCAGCCUUGGUUGAACAGGCGGAUGCCCCGAUGACAACGUCACCGAAUGCACUUGAGGUGGCGUGGAAUGUCAUCACUGGCGCUGUUGGUAAGCAGCAGCUCCAGGACUCGGCGGGCAUUGGAUUGGAGAGUGAGUCGAGACUUUGGAAACGAUUCACAGAUGUCUUGCAGUUGGUGCCCAGCGGCGCUUACUGCCCAGAUUCUGCAUUUGCACAAAAGAGGCGUCGCAUCUUUGCCGAGCCGACUGUACUCUAUCAGCGCUGCCUCACACACGGACAUGACUGCCCUCUUCCGUACGUGGACUACGACCACAGCGGCCUUCCUUGUACAGACAACAGUCGCUCGAAGCACGGACGGGCAUUCUUUGAGGGGCAGACGGGCCCCAUGUUUGCUGUUUGGGCCUUGCGCUUGCGGAGAUGCGGAGUGAAGCUGGCUAUCUUGGAGAACACCGUCGAUCUGCAGAUAGACGUUUUGGAUAGUCUGCUCAUCGACAUGUACGAUCGUUUUCAGAUCUUCGUGAACAUGGCUGACUGCGGACACUCGGCCGUGUCCCGCCCGAGGACCUACAUCAUCUACGCCCUCUCCGGGCAGUACGAUCUUCUGUUUGACCCCCGGGAGCUUUACCAGCUGGCAUCCAAGGCUGUCAAGUCAAUGCACAGUACGAAGCCAAGGGACUAUCUUUCAGCCCCAGAGUUGGAGGUACAGCUUGAGGCCAUGGAAUCCUGCCGACAGCGUGGGUUGACCUACGUGCCUGGCUGGACUGACUUAAGCUACGUGCUCAACCAGAGAGAGAGGCGUGUUGUGGAGGAGCUGGACGCCCUUUACAUGAAAGCUCCCGACGCGCUCCAGGCGAGUCUGCUCGAGACCUACCAGAAUCGCGGUCGCCUCGGCCACUACCUCGACUACCCAGGCAUCGACAAGUUUACCAAGCUGCUGCUGGACGGCCAGGACUGCUUCUCCGUCACCUUAGAGGACGGCCGCUGGUGGUUGUCCAAUGGUGAGAACGACCUGGAGCUCACGAAGGAGGCGGUACCGGACCUCCCCGCGACUCCCUUGGAGCUUGUGGCUUAG